AUGUAUACGUUUUCCUUGGCAGUGUUGGUCCAGGCACUGACCCUAAUAUCUUUCAGUGCUCUUGCAGACUACGAAAACAAUCGGAAGACUCUUCUUCUAGCAUUCGGGUUUAUUGGAUCUGCCACAAGCAUGCUGUUCGUAUUUGUGGCUCCACCGGUGUUUACUUUUGGAGCGAUCCUGGUCAUCAUUGGCGUCACUUGCCUGGGAUCCUCAUUUGUCGUACUCAAUUCCUUCCUGCCCGUCCUGGUUGCGAACGACCCAUCCAUCCAAGGGGCGUCGAAGGAAGCAGACGAAGAACUGCAUACUCUGAACGAGAAUGGACAAUUUGAACCCCGUGACUCGUUCAGUGAACGGAACCCAGAAUUUGAGUCCCAAUAUACCCCCGGUAUCGGAUUGGGUUCAAAACCGUCGACCAACGCAACAUCGCCAGAGCUACAAUUAUCCACCCGCAUUUCUUCCAAGGGCGUAGGCCUGGGCUAUUGUGCAGCCGUUCUCGUCCAGAUUCUGAGUAUCGGGCUUCUAUUUGCUCUCUCCAAGACAUCGCUCCCCAAGGUUUCCGGCACUCUUCCUCUACGCUUCGUCCUAUUGCUAGUAGGAAUUUGGUGGUUUUCCUUCACCAUGGUCACUCGGCGUUGGCUGCGGAACCGCCCAGGACCUCCACUCAGUACUACGACCACUGGAGGCCACACCAAUAAGUGGCGGGUUUGGCUGCGCUUGGUUGGAUUCGCAUGGAAGUCAUUGUGGAAAACCGUGAAGAUUGCGGUGCAGUUGCGCGAAGUCCGAGUGUUCCUCGUAGCAUGGUUUCUCCUAUCCGACGCUAUAGCUACCGUUUCCGGCACCGCGAUCUUGUUUGCGCGCACGGAGCUCAAGAUGAGCACCACUCUGGUCGGCUGUCUGUCUAUUACAGCUACCCUGUCCGGCAUGACUGGAGCGUUCCUGUGGCCCGUGGUCUCCCGUCGGUUCAAGCUCAAAUCAAGCCACACGAUCAUGCUGUGCAUCGCGUUGUUUGAGAUUAUCCCACUGUAUGGCAUGCUCGCGUACAUCCCGCUGUUUAAGAAGUGGGGAGUAAUUGGCCUGCAGCAGCCCUGGGAGAUCUUCCCACUAGCGAUUGUGCAUGGGAUCGUGUCUGGUGGCCUCUCUUCAUACUGCCGCUCCUUUUUCGGUCUUCUGAUUCCACCCGGGAGCGAGGCCGCCUUCUAUGCACUUUAUGCUGCUACCGAUAAAGGCAGCUCUGUGAUCGGUCCCGCGAUCGUGGGGAUGCUGAUUGAUGCGACCGGCCAGGUGCGGUCUGGGUUUUUCUUUAUUGCGAUCCUCAUUGUGCUGCCGAUUCCGCUGGUCUGGAUGGUAAACGCGGAGAAAGGGCGCAUGGAAGGAGUCGCCAUGGCCGAAAGAAUGGCCAAAGGGCAAGAAUCUGAGACGGGUGAACCAGGCGAGGAAGCGGAAGGCCUGUUGGCGCGUGGGGCUUGA